AUGAGUUACACCACCACCCGUCCACCAAAGAGGCCCCGCGAUCUAAACCUCGUCGUCGACACCCCACCGCUGCCGCCACCACAACAACAACAGCUGCUACCGCCAGCCAUGACCGCAGAAUCCCCCUCCAAGCUCACGACGGCAACAAUGUCCAAGAAGCGCGGCCUCAUCGCCCUCGGCUGCGAAGGCUCCGCCAACAAGCUCGGCAUCGGCGUGAUGCUCCACAACGGCACCGAGUCCACGAUCCUCUCCAACAUCCGCCAUACCUUCGUCUCUCCGCCGGGGACGGGCUUCCUCCCCAAAGACACGGCGAAGCACCACCGCUCCUUCUUCGUCCAGAUCGCCCGCCGCGCCCUCCGCGAGGCCGGCGUCUCCGUCGCCGACGUCGACUGCGUCUGCUUCACAAAGGGCCCCGGCAUGGGUGCGCCCCUGACGAGCGUUGCCGUCGCCGCCAGGACGCUGAGCCUGCUGUGGGACAAGCCGCUAGUGGGCGUGAACCACUGCGUCGGCCACAUCGAGAUGGGCCGCACCAUCACCGGCGCUCAGAACCCGGUCGUGCUGUACGUCAGCGGCGGCAACAGCCAGGUCAUUGCCUACGCCGAGCAGCGGUACCGAAUCUUUGGUGAGACGCUUGAUAUCGCCGUCGGUAACUGCCUCGACCGCUUUGCGCGCACCCUCGAGAUCAGCAACGACCCGGCACCGGGGUACAAUAUCGAACAGCUGGCCAAGAAGGGAACGCGGCUCCUGGAGCUGCCGUACGCGGUCAAGGGCAUGGAUUGCUCGUUCUCGGGCAUCCUUGCCUAUGCGGAUAUCCUCGCAGGCCAGAUGAAGGCGGCGCAAGCCAAGGGGGAGGAGACGUUCACGCCAGCUGACUUGUGCUUUUCGCUGCAGGAGACAGUGUUUGCCAUGUUGGUUGAGAUCACGGAGCGGGCCAUGGCGCACGUUGGCAGUAGUCAGGUAUUGAUUGUGGGAGGUGUCGGCUGCAACGAGAGGUUACAAGAGAUGAUGGGUGGAAUGGCCGCGGAGAGAGGCGGCAGUGUCUACGCGACGGACGAGCGUUUCUGUAUCGACAACGGUAUCAUGAUUGCUCAUGCCGGCCUGUUGGCAUACGAGACCGGGUUCAGGACGCCCCUCGAGGACAGUUCAUGUACUCAAAGAUUUAGAACAGACGAGGUAUUCGUCAAAUGGAGGGACUAA